AUGCUGCCUCUCCCAGCCAGCGCCAGCCAUGGAGAAAACCGUGGUGCUCAUUACAGGCUGCUCCACGUGCCCCUGGCCAGGGCCGCCUCCCGCCGGUUUAAAGUCUACGCCACCAUGCGCAACCUGGCCAAGAAGGAGCGGCUGCUGGAGAGCGUGCGGGGCUGCCACGCCGGCACCCUGCAGAUCCUGCAGCUGGAUGUCACGGACCCGCUGUCGCUCGCCCAGGCCACGCAGCAGGUGCAGGAGCAGCGUGUCGACGUGCUGGGGGUCCCCUUCAACGCCGUGUACUGCGCCAGCAAGUUUGCAGUGGAAGGGCUGUGCGAGAGCCUGGCUGUGGGCCUGCACGUCACGCUGAUCGAGUGCGGCCCGGUCAAUACCAGCUUCCUGGCCAACCUGCAGAGCGCGGAACUGCCGGGCCUGGACCCCCAGACCCAGGCCCUGUACAGCCAGUACCUGCAGCACUGCCAGAGCCUCUUCCGCGACGUGGCCCAGGACACCGACGACGUCCUGCAGCCAAAAUUAAUAGAUGUUCGUGGUCCCUAA